GCAUAUUCAAGAGCUCAUGCUACAUUGAUGUGCGCUGGUUUCCUUUUGACAUACAACAGUGCAAACUGAAGUUUGGGUCGUGGUCUUAUGGAGGAUGGUCGCUGGAUUUACAGAUGCAAGAAGCAGAUAUUUCUGGCUACAUCUCAAAUGGAGAAUGGGAUUUAGUUGAAAUUCCUGGAAAGAGGAGUGAGAGAUUUUAUGAUUGCUGUAAAGAACCAUACCCAGAUGUAACAUUCACCGUGACCAUGAGACGCAGGACGCUCUAUUACGGCCUUAAUCUUCUCAUCCCGUGCGUGCUGAUAUCUGCACUCGCCCUAUUAGUGUUUUUGCUUCCUGCAGACUCCGGAGAGAAAAUCUCACUUGGAAUAACGGUUUUACUGUCUCUCACUGUGUUCAUGCUGCUCGUGGCAGAAAUCAUGCCUGCAACGUCCGAUUCAGUGCCAUUAAUAGCUCAGUAUUUUGCCAGCACGAUGAUCAUUGUUGGUUUUUCUGUUGUGGUGACGGUCAUCGUUUUGCAAUAUCACCACCAUGAUCCUGACGGAGGAAAAAUGCCGAAGUGGACCAGAAUUAUCCUUCUGAAUUGGUGUGCCUGGUUUCUGAGAAUGAAACGACCAGGAGAGGACAAGGUCCGCCCUGCCUGCCAGCACAAGCAGCACCGAUGUAGCCUGACCAGCGUGGAGCUCAAUGCCAUGUCAGGGCAACCAACCAGUAAUGGAAACAUGCUCUAUAUUGGCUUCCGUGGACUGGAGGGGACGCACUGCAUGCCUGCUAGUGACUCUGGGGUCAUCUGUGGGAGGAUGACUUGUUCUCCCACUGAGGAGGAAAAUCUCCUGCACAGUGGGCACACCUCUGAGGGGGACCCAGACCUAGCUAAGAUCCUGGAGGAGGUCCGCUACAUUGCCAAUCGAUUCCGUGACCAGGAUGAGGAGGAAGCUGUUUGCAAUGAGUGGAAGUUUGCAGCCUGCGUGGUGGAUCGCCUAUGCCUGAUGGCUUUUUCAGUCUUCACUAUCAUCUGUACCAUUGGGAUCUUGAUGUCAGCACCAAACUUUGUUGAGGCUGUGUCUAAAGAUUUUGCUUAACCUAACACUGGUUUUAAUCCUGUCAUGCUUGCUAUGUUGGAAAUAUAUGGGGCAGAACUCUGUUUUGGCUUUGGUGAGAUUUUGGGGUAUUGAUCCCAUAACAUCAUUGAACCCACACUGCACAGAUGUAUCAUUAUUAUCAGUAUUGUUACCUGCAAUUUCCUAUCCGUAAUACGAUGAUGAUGGCUUUUAUCCCAUCAGGUAGUCUGACAUGUAGAAUCAUAGACCUUUUUAAGGCUAGAAGGGACUGGAUGUUUUAGGGUUGGAAGGCAUCUAGUCAUUUCAUCAACUUCUCAGUAAAACAACACUUGAAGCGUCCCAAACAGCUUAAGUAUCAAUCCCAUAUUUAAAGAUGGCCAAGACUAAAGUCUCUUCACCAGUGUCAUUGUUAAUGCAUGUCUGCAUGUCACUUGCCCCAAAGGUCUAAAUUGACUACACACAAACUGGUUUGAAAAGAAAUCUAAAUUAAUUAAAUGUAAUCAAAUAGCUGGCUAUUUUAAAUGAAUGAGUAAAUAAGUGGUUGUUUGAUGGGAUUCAACUCCAUUUAUUAAUUUUUCC